GGAUCCGUCCGGUCCAGUCCCUCGCGCUCUUUCAUAUCUCCGGUCCAAUUUACAUCCUACUGAACUGUCUAUAGGUUAUUCACACCUCACCUAAGAGCUAACAAUUGUUGAGGGCCAGCAGGCAUCAAAGACACUUGUGUAGCUCCAAUCGUCACAUCGAAGCACUGCCACCUUUGACAUACUCGAGCACAGAAGCAAAUUUGCCAAUUGAUAUAGAAUGAGCUUGAACGUAGACGAUUUGCUUAAGGAGUUGGAUGACCUACCUGGGGGACAGGCAGGUCGAGCUGGCCGAACAGCUGGCCCUGCCCAACCUCCACGCAGUACUUCAAACCCUAUACCAGGGCAACCAUCAAGCUCGCGCGUAUCCACCCCAGCUUCAACUAGCCAACCAUCUGCGGCCACGACGAGUAACGGCCGUGGGCUAAGUUUCGCAGGCGCUGGCAAGAAAGAUGACCUGGAGUCUCUGCUUAGCGAUCUGGACUUUGGUGGGACCCCUUACAACAGCAUGAACGGGCGGAACAACUCGAACGCGAACGCGGCAGCAGCGGCAGCAGUGCAAAGGCUCUCAGGAGGAUCGACCCCAGCGCGUACUUCUUCAGUUCUUGGAGCAAAGCAAAAGUGCACGGGCGUCUUUGUGGGCGGGACGCGGUUCCCUCGCGGCCGGAUGGCAGCUGUCGGGUCGCUGACAUGCUGCGACGCGCUGCGCUGCACCAAGUGCGAUUUCCGCGUCGAGCAAUUCGAAAACCGCGACUGGGAUGAAGACGUUGACUACCUCUUCUUCCGCAACAACUUCCCCACCGAGGAAAAGCUCUCACCCAAGAUGCGCCCACGGCCGGGGACGGUGGCGUACUGCUGCCAGUGCUCCUGGCUGAGUGCAGAUGAGCAGAGCAAGCUCGACUUCUCCAGCGAAGUCCGGUGGAUCUGCGCGGGCCAUGUCGCUUUGUAGCCAAAUGGACCGGACCUGUCUCAUACAGCAGCUUACCUAAAUACCAAACAGUCAGCUGCACCAGCAGAUGACAGAGAAAGCCCCGUCGGCGCGUGCUGUACGACGACUGGGGCCCCGUCAGGACAAGCUGUGCUUUGGCUGCCCGUUUGGUGAACCUCAGUGGCAUCCUUGCACGGCAGGUGGGCCGUAACCUUGUGGCUUAGUGAUUAGCCGCAUCACAGCGUUCGGAGACGGGGACGGGGCUAGGAUUAGGGCGCCACGGCUGUGGAUCUGCUGCCGGCGUCUUCACUUGGCAGGUUGGAGCAAGGAAGACGGCUGUCAUUACCAUGCAAAGGGAGGACAGUUUGUUUUCCCUGUUCGUCAUAAUGCAUGCGGCGGGUUCGGGUGGUUUGUUGCUGCUGGGGCGUGAAAUGGAGUGUGGCCUCGUAUGCGUGAGAGGGUUGCAUGGGAGGCAGGGCCUCGUAUGCGUGAGAGGGUUGCAUGGGAGGCAGGGCCUCGUAUGCGUGAGAGGGUUGCAUGGGAGGCAGGGGCGGAACAAUGCUGGACAUCCGGAGAGCUGUGUAGUGUCUUAAGCUGGGUUGCUGCUGCUGCACAUUGUUUGCGAGCUGCGUGCGACAAAGGACUGGAUGAUGGCAGGAUGAGGCGGUAGGUGAGGGGUGCGCUAGAGGGGCCGCUACUGCGGCCGCCUACUAUCGUGCUGCUGGGCAGGUGCUGCCGGGGAAAGCGAAGUACUGCCACUGCAACUUGCGUGCGCGUAUCCUGGGUUUACUUAUGACGAUUCAUGUUUUGUCUCCUUUUCUUCUUUCUCCACUGCCUCUGUGACAGCGUGGCUGCAUGAAGGGGCGGUUCGCCCUACUUUGUGUAUUAUAUUAUGGAACACACAUGAAGCGUCAUGUCGCAGGGGUAGUUUGACGAUUGGCAGGCACUGCUGUCCGCCCAAAACUGACCGUCAUCAGACAUCCUACGGUGCUGUUGCGAAGCGGUGGAGACUGUGUUUUGGAUGUAAAGGCAGGGAUUGGGCAGGUUCUGACUACAGCAGGUGUGUUCGGGCCGAGAAGAAGGCAACUGGCAAUACCGAGCCUGAUGCGGCCCGCAACCGCAUCAUGCUAGGCUGCAUCAUCAACCGUGUUUUAAACUGCUAGGGGUCUGCACGUGAAGCCUGCUAUUUCCCUGACCCUGGUGACGAAGGAAUGGGGUACGUUUGGUGAGCAAAAAAGGCAUCAAGGCGGCUCCUGUGUCCGUGUUUGUGUCAUGCUCGCGUUUAGCGUUGCUACGGGCAACUGCAUGUGCUGUUAGCAAUGCCAGCCCGCCGGAUGUUCUGCAGCUAGACAGGUGCUUGGAUGUAUACGACUGUACUGCCAUUUGCGUGCCUGCUCCCCACCGUCCCUGAGACCCGUCAUCGGUGCCCGCCGGGGGCCACCACCACCACACCGACGACUGCAAGCUAGGUAUUCAUGUUCACAGCCCAGGGUUCCAAGUCUCGCCAGCCAGUUGAGUACAGUGAGUACAGUUAUGUACACGUACCACCGGUGUUUUGAGAUUGGCUGUGCGCCCCAGG